AUGCAGUUGGCUACUUUCGUCAGACUGGAAAGAAGAUGGGGAAAAACUGUAGUUCCAGAAUCAUGUUGACCGUGCUAUUACGCGGGCAGUUCGGCCCGUACUGUGGACGCUGUGUGAAGAAGUCACAAGCAGUUGCCCACAGGAGGGACAUGCACAUAUGGUUGCGGACACAGGCUUCACCAAAUACAGCAGUCUUGAGGAGCCUUGUCUCCAAAACACAAACCCAUAGACAGAUACUGGCACUGCAGCCUCGAAAUGUGUAUCAAAUAUGUAACUUCUCAGCCCUCAGGAUUGCCAGGCCCUUACUCAGGGGCCCUGCUUCACCUUACAAAGUUGUCGUCUUCUCUCAGAGAGACAUGUCGGUCAUUGGGCGACUGGCUAGUGGUUUUGGGCGAUUGCUGCGAGUCCGAUAUCUGGUACUGACGGGUGCCGUUGGAGGAGGUGUGGCAGUCAACAAGAAGAUUGACAGUUGGAAAGAAUACUUUCCUGAUCUACACUGGAUGAAGGAAUACAUUCCGGAAUCGGAGGCUCUGUCCCAGCUCGCAUCCAGUAUCCGAAAUUUCGCCAAGCACACGAUGGAAACUAAUGAACAAAUGAGUUGGCUAAAAACCAAACUGUCUGACAAUAAAAAGGCUGUUGUGGAUUGGCUGAAUGAGCACUCACCACCUGACCUAGGGUCAACUUUGGUGGAAGGUAAAACCGGGUUAAGUCGAGAGGUGCCCUUAGUCCUAGGCCCGACUCCAGAUGCGAAUGUGUCGACCACGACGGCGGUGUUCGGAGAGGCUAAGACUGGCGGUGCGGAAUACAGCUCCGACUCAAGUGACAAGAAGAGGCUGGAGCGGGUCCAGGGGGAAAUGAUGGAGGUGCAGCUGCGGUACCAGAAGGAGAGGCGUCUGGAGAAGGACAAUCGUGAGCUACGGAAACAGCUCCUGCUUAGGGAACAGAAGUCCGGGAAAAAGAGGGUCAUGAAGAAGUCUCUGAUUGAUAUGUACUCUGAAGUCCUGGAUGAUCUGACUGUGUACGACUCCAGCUACAACACACAGGACAACCUACCCAGGGUGGUGGUUGUUGGCGACCAGAGCUCCGGAAAGACAAGUGUCCUUGAAAUGAUCGCACAGGCCAGGAUAUUCCCAAGGGGCUCUGGUGAAAUGAUGACAAGGUCACCUGUGAAGGUCACGCUCAGUGAAGGCCCUUUCCAUGUAGCAAAGUUCAAGGACAGCAACAGAGAAUUUGACCUCACCAAAGAAUCUGAUCUGGCUGCCCUGAGACGCGAAGUCGAGCUGAGGAUGAAGGCCAGUGUACAGAAGGGCCAGACAGUCAGUAAUGAGUGCAUCUCCAUGUCAGUAGCAGGACCAGGCCUUCAGAGGAUGGUUCUUGUAGACCUGCCCGGAAUCAUUUCUACGGUGACGACCGGCAUGGCGCCCGACACGAAGGACUCCAUUAAGGGGAUGUGCAAGUCUCACAUGGAGAACCCCAACUCUAUCAUCCUGUGUAUUCAAGAUGGGUCCCUGGAUGCGGAGCGGAGCAAUGUGACGGAGCUGGUCAGUCAGAUGGACCCCAAGGGGAAGAGGACCAUCUUUGUGUUGACCAAGGUGGACCUGGCAGAGAGCAGCUUGUACAACCCAGACAGGAUUAAAUCUAUUUUAGAAGGACGACUUUUCCCUAUGCAAGCUCUGGGCUACUUCGCUGUUGUCACUGGAAGAGGCAAUACCAAUGACAGUAUAGCAAGUAUCAAAGACUACGAGGAUCGAUUCUUCAGAAACUCACGGCUCUUUAAAGACGGCGUGUUGAAACCCACUCAGAUGACGACACAGAACCUCAGCAUGGCUGUGUCUGACAUAUUCUGGAAGAUGGUCAAGGAGACGGUGGAACAGCAAGCUGAUGCCUUCAAAGCCACAAGAUUCAACCUGGAGACGGAAUGGAAGAACACAUUCCCUCGCAUCAGGGAAUUGGACAGGAACGAGCUGUUUGAGAAGGCACGGGGUGAGAUCCUCGAUGAAGUUAUAAAUUUGAGUCAGGUUACUCCAAAACAGUGGGAGAAUAUUUUCUACAAGAAGUUGUGGGAGAAGAAUGCCACGCACGUACUGGAGAACAUCUACCUACCAGCAGCCCAGGCCGAGAACUCUGGGACCUUCAAUACUGCUAUAGACAUCAAGCUUAAGGCAUGGGCCGAUGUGCAACUUCCAAAACGAUGUGUUGAGGUCGGGUGGGAGACUCUACAUGAAGAGUUUGAGAAGCUGGUUGGCCGAGACCAAGACAAGAAGCACCAUGAUGACAUCUUUAACCAACUCAAGUCUGCCGUCAUUGAGGGUUCCAAGGACCGACACAAGUGGGAUGAGAAGGCAGAGCAGAGUCUGAGAGUAAUCCAGGUGAACAUCUUGGAAGACCGGUCUGUGACUGACAAGCGACACUGGGAUGCUGCAAUCAAGUUUAUGGAGGACACCUUGAAAGAAAAACUGAAGCAGUCGGAGGACUCGCUGCGGAAGCUGACCGGUCCAAGUUCGAUGGAUCAGUGGAUGUACUGGCAGCGACAGACGCAGGACAACAAGGACAGGUCCGCCGCCAAGAGUGAGCUGGAGAAGCUCUUCAGCACAAACCCACACCACAAGUCCCACCUGUCCGGCGAUGAACUGACCACAGCAAGGAAGAACCUGCAGAGUCACAACGUGGAUGUCACCAAUGACUUCAUCCGAGAGACUUGGUACUAUGUGUUCCGGCUGAACUUCUUCAAGAAGGCUCUGUACCAAGCCCAGCAGUGUAAGAAGGGCUUCUACUACUACCAGAGAGGAUUCUCAGAGUCCGGGCUGGAGUGUCACGACGUUGUGCUGUUCUGGAGACUACUGCGGAUGUUGGAAGUGACAAGCAACUCCCUGCGGCAACAGGUUGUCAAUAAUGAAGGUGGCUCGGCGCGGCUAGAACGGAUCAUCAAGGACACGCUGGAAGAUCUCGGGGAGGACAAGGAGCGGCUGGAGAAACUCCUCACAGGGAGACGGGUUCUGCUGGCCGAGGAACUCAAAAAAGUUCGACAAAUCCAAGAUAGAUUAGAAGAAUUCAUUCAAGCAUUGAACAAGGAGAAAUAGUGCAUAAUCUUUGUAGGAUAACUAAAUCAUCCCGACCCGGUUGCAGUGAAGACAGGAAGUUUGCAACACGUGCAAUGAAAGGGACUGACAAGUCAUAAACAAACCAUUGUCUAUGGACGACUUGGACAGUGAUGAAACUAUGGUGUGCCAUGUUGGGUUCUGACAGACUGGCAGAUCAACUUUCUCUAUAGCAAGGCCAUGAGAUGUCUACCCUUGAAAAUGGCUGUGCUUAAGUGCUAUAUAUCAUGUAGGGUGUGUGUGGAAGAGUGAUGUAGCUAGGUCUGCAGAAUGAUGAAGCCAUUAGAUUUACAAUGUGACUAUUAUUUAUGACUGUUUUCUCAUCGUGUGCGUCGUUCCUGUUUAUCAGGGACAUUCAUUCUGGCGUCCAUUCCUUGUCCGGAUCAAUUCCUGCAGCAUCAGCCAUGUUGUGAUGAUGUAUUGGAUCUAGAUGAUGCCAGAUUAGUGUUGUAGCUUCAGGACAUUAGGUGUGAAAAUUCAGGAAAUGCAGUUCCAUAAACAUUUAUGCUUGUAUAGUGUUUUGAUUUAUGAAAGCAGAUUCAUAAAUUAGGACCGAGGGUUUGAUAAUGGCUGGAUGGAGAGUGUAUUUGAUAAGUAAUAAGUCAUCCCUAAAAAGGGGCGAUUCGAUUCCCCACAUGGGUACAAUGUGUGAAGCCCAUUUCUGGUGUCACUCGUCCUGAUAUUGCUGGAAUAUUGCUAAAAGCCGCGUAAAACUAUACUCAAUCAGUCAUCCCUUAAAUGGUUGAUAA